AUGAAUCAAAGUCAAAAUUUUCAUAAUAUUGAUUUGGGUCAUUAUGGUGCGCAAGGUUCUAAUCAAUCAUUUAAUAAUAAUAAUAAUGGAAAUAAUGGUAUGAUGAUGAAUCAACAACAAAUGCAACAACAUGUUGUGCCACAUUUACAUCAUUUACAACAACAACAACAACAACCUCAACAACAACAAUUAAGAAAUGUUCCAGAUUAUUCAAAUUCACCAAAUGGUACUACAAAUGGUAGUACAAUGUCCCCAAAUUGUAUAAAUACGAAUAACAACAAUAAUAAUAAUAAUAAUAAUAAUAAUAACAGUAAUAAUAAUAAUAAUAAUAAUAAUAAUGCAAGUAAUAAUUUAACAUCAAAUAAAUCAUCAUCAACAAAUACACCACAAAUUGGACAAUUGCAAGCAUCACCAGCUAAUCUUACAAACUCACCAUCAGCAAUAUCAUCACCAAUAACCAUUUCAAAUAAUUCAAGUUUAAAUUCACCAUCAACAACAAGUAGUCCAAAUCUACUAUUGAAUGGUACAUCAAAUAAGAGAAUAAUGAUAUCACAACAAACAUGUCUUGUCGAAGAGAAAUUUAGUAAGAAUGGUGUUCAAAAGAAUGUUCAUGUAGUUGUAAAAAAUAAUCCAUUCCUUUUGACUCUAUCUUUAUUGGAUAGUAGUUUAAACUUUCAUCAAUUAACACCCGAAGUUCAAUUAGUAUACGAUAGUGAAAGUUUAAAAGAAGUUGAUUCUGCCACUGUUAAACCAUUAGAGUAUAAAACACGUGCCAAUGAAGAAGGUGAUCAAUUAACCAUUGAACUUAGAAUUAAAGUAUUAUCAUCACAACUUGAAGAUAUGUUAUUCCGUGCUAAGGUUAAAAUAGUAGAUCCAAGAACUCGUAAAGAAACUCAUGGCCUCUCUGUCAUAACUCAUCCAAUUAGAGUGGUUUCAAAACCUGAUCAAGUUAAAAAGAAAGCUAAAAAGAGAAAGAGAGCUCCAACUGAUUCUUUAAUGGAUACCCUCAAUAGAAUUGAACAUCAACAAAAAGAACAACAACGUCUAUUAAAAAAAUUAUGUUAUCAUGAUAAAGAAAAUAAUAUCAUUCAAUUAAUUCAACAACAACAGCAACAACAACAAUUAUUAAAUAAUGUAACAAAUAAUAUAAAUAAUAAUAAUAAUAUUAAUAAUAAUAACAAUAAUAAUAAUAAUAAUAAUAAUAAUAAUAAUAAUAAUAAUAAUAAUAAUAAUAAUAAUAAUAAUAAUAAUAAUAAUAAUAAUACUACAUCCACUACAACAACUACAACAACUACUACUUCUUCUUGUAAUAAUAAUAAUAAUAAUAAUAAUGAAAAUAACGAACAUAUUGUUAAAAUUGAAAAUACCGAAUGUAAUAAUAAUAAUAAUAAUAUAAUCAAUAAUACCGAAAAUGAUGAAAAUAUCAAUAAACCAAUUUUAAAUAGUAAAGAUGAAUUCCAAAGUGCAUUUAAAGAAUUUAUUGGUGCAUUUAAACAAUUACAAUGCCUUGAUCCAGAUGGUGCAGAUGGUGCAUUUAAGAUUAAUACUUGUGCAAAUGAUGCUCAAACAAUGUGUGAAAUAUUAGAAAUGGUUAAAGUUGAACUUAAAAAAGAUGAAAACUUUAAAGAUAAAUGCGGUGGUUCAAGUGGUGGAGCUUGUGGUGAAAAUAAUCCAGAUAAUCCUUGUUCUUGUAAAGUUUGUCCAUAUAAACAAAAAGUUGAUCAUAUUAAUCAAUCUUACGAAACUUAUUUCAAUAUGUUUAAUCCUUCAAAUUCAAAUUCUGUUGUUCCACAACAAUCUCAACAAUUACAACAACAACAAAUCCAACAACAACAACAGUCCCAACAACAAGUUCAACAACAACAACAACAACAAAUGCAACAACAACCACAACAACAACAACAACAACCACAACAACAACAACAAAACCAACAACAAGGUCAACAACCACAACAACAACAACAACAAGGUCAACUUGAUUAUACAACUUAUAUUGAUCCACAAUUACAAAUGCAACAACAAUUACAAAUGCAACAAGCUGCUCAACAACAAUACAUGCAACAAACUAUGGAUCAACAACAACAACAACAGUACUAUAUGCAACAAUACCAUUUACAACAACAACAGCAACAACAACAAGCUCAAAGAUAUUUGAUGCAACAACAAUAUAUGCAACAACAAGCUCAACAACAACAACAACAACACCAACAAGUUGCAAUUCAACAACAACAACAACAAAAUCAACAACAAAAUCAACAACAAAAUCAACAACAACAAAACCAAUCACCUCAAAAUCAACAAUCUUUAGAUUUCCAAAAUGCCAACAAUUUUAUUGAUUUUAAUUCUGGUCUUGGAUUUAUGAAUUUUCCAAAUAUAAAUUUUGGUGAUAUGGGUUUUUCUGCUGUUUAA